UCAUCAGGUGCCGGUAGUAUACGUAAGAACCAAUAAGAAUUUGGAUCAGAUUCAAGAGACUGAAUUUAAAUUGAAACUUGCCUAUUGAUUGGCCGGAGCUAUUACUUGAGGUUUCACGCUGGAAAUAAUUGCAGCAAUGCGAGUUCACGGGCCAAUUGCCGCGCAGCUUCUACAAUGUCUUGGCAGUUAGCGAGCGUUGGACUCAAGUUUAGUAUUAUGGCCCAACUUUUAAUCUGGACAAGAAACAAAACGACCGUUUAACGGUGAGCGCUACAAUCCGUCGUCUAAUCUCGGCUGCCCGGCUUUGUAGUCGCUAAAAAUGUCGCCUUCUUCCCGGUCUUCGCCGCAGCGACCGGGCACCCCACGCGACCACAACUCCGUGCACGGCAGAAGAAGCAACUCGGAGUCUGACAGCUGCUCCGUCGCGUCGUUGCCUCUGGACUACCUGCUAUAUAACCAACGGCCAGCUGAAAAAACUCCCUUCUGCCGAACGUCGGACUACAGUGAAGUACGUGAUUUCAGACGGUCUUUCCAGACCUUUUCAGGGGAGAAGACGAAGAACUUGGAAUUUCUCAUCACUGCAGAUUCAAAACUAAAUUUUGAUUCUAGUCUCGAGUCGGGUCCGUACACCGAGCCGUGUGAUUUUGAUCUCGAACGCCAUCAGGAAGAAAAUGAGGAAGUGUCUGCAGCGAAAUCUGACUCUGGAGAUAUAGAACGGGGUGCUUUAAGUCACUUGCGCGGAACUCAAGAAUUAAAUAAGAUUUCAUCAGAAGAUAAAACCAGCAUAAUAGCUAGAAAUUCCUUAACAGAAAUUUCCUGUUCUCUCAGUUCGGGCGUAAGAAGUCCCGAAGUCAUAGGAUACCAGCUCGACGCCACUAACUUCAACCCAGACUUGUCUUUGGUCAUCGAAGUUUGCCGAGACCCUGGGAAAAGGCGAAAGCUUAUCAAAUGCUCCUACGCAGCUCCUGAUAACGAAGAUUGGGACUUGCCUGACGUAGUGGAAUCCUGUGACGUAAAACGGAAGCAGAAAGACGUGUCCGAUGUGGAGACGAUGCAACAUCAAGCAUGUUUCUCCGAACAUCCUGCCAACACUGAGCUCGCUCAUCAGGACAAAAUUGAAGACGAUGAAUUACUCUCCAGAUUCACGAAUCACCAAAUAAGAACAAUUGUUAGCGGAAAACUCAACCGCAUUUUUCAGUCAAAGAAUAUUCAAGCAGGUGGCACAUCAAAGAGACUUCAAGAUUUUCGUGAUGAAAGUACCAUCAUAGAUUGCUAUAAUAUCACCAAUUCCAACAAAUCUAAGGCCAGCUUUAGAAAUAGUUCCAGUUGUGGACGCGAUGCGAUAUUCACUGGGAUCGUGAACUUGGCUUACGAGGAUACAAUGAUGGAAGGUACAAGGGACGGUCAAGAGACUCGCAGCGAACAAACCGAGGCACGUGGCGAUGAGGGAGGUCACGCCAUUCAGGGGUUCAGCACACGCUGCUUACCUCUCAUUUUGUCCCUCGUAAUUGCCUGGUUCUGCGUGGGCGCGGUGUCGAACUCUCUGCUGCUCAUCAACGCCCCUCUGCCAUACGAAUGUUCGUCUCUCCAGCCUGCGCCUAAAAUUGCGUACCCGGGCAGUUAUCGGAUUAGCUCAUUCGCCGUGCCCUUGCGGAAUAACUUUUCAUGCAUCAUUCCGAACAGUGACAAAUCAGUGGUAAAUAAUUCGUCUAAGGCAUCGGAAACUUCGUUUUCUUAUGAAGAAAUGUUGGUUUCCGAUGCAUUUCCUCUACAAGCGCCCAAUUUUCCUCAACACAGUUCAUUGAAUUCCAUGGAUUUUGAAGAAGCUGGCAUCGUUGAAAGUAAAAAAAUUGAAAAACCCAAGGAUGAGAUUUUGGUCUUGCGAAUCGGAAGCUUUGAAGUUUUAGUGGACGAUUUGGCUGAGAAGCCUGACGUGAGUCACUUUGAGGGCGGUCAGCACACAAAUGUCCAAAAUAUUGCAGGAAAUGAACCGUUUUUUACGGCUCCUUAUGAAGCAAUUGAAGAGCAGGGAUAUUUUCCGCCGUACUCGCAAGAAAGUCUACGCCAGGCAGCAUAUGAAGCAAACGAGACUUUGACUUUGUUCGAAGCUGAGACUGAAAAAAAUCAUGUUACUAGUGUCAAUGUAACAAAUUACAUUGAAACGGAUUCAAUGAAUUCCCACUAUUCCUCUUCAAUCUUGAACUCGGCACAACAAGAAAUUUUUCCACAAACCUUCGAAAAUGUAAAGAAUAAUGUAAAUUUUUCAUCGCCAAGUUCAUCCGUUGCCUCGGCUUCUUUCUUUGACAAUUCAUCUGAAUUAACAUUCGGGCAAAAUUAUCCAGCGCAAGAGAAUCGUCAAUAUAUUGAACUUCCUGACAAAGAUUACGCGUCCCAAACUCCUAUUGCAAACACUACAACGUACCAUGACAUCGAUCGGAUGGCUGGUGUAGACAAAUUCUUCGUAGUUCAGAAUAAGAACUCGGUGGAAAUUGGCACACCAGGUCACAUCUGGCGCAAAACAGACUUCGAUCCAUGCCCCAACGUUUCGUACGACAUGAGAGCUUUCCGGGAGACGUUAGUAUCACACUACGACGUGGUGUGCGGACGGUCGUGGCUGCGACAGCUCAUCCAGAGCCUCCAGGCGGCGGCCGGUGCCUUAGGCGGCCUCGCUGGCACGGCUCUGGCUGACAGGGUCGAGCGCUUGCUAGGCGCACAGUUGUGCGCAGCUCUGCACGUCGUCUGUAGCUGCGUGUGUCUGUGGGUUGCGCCCUCAGUGCUGUGGUGGCUCUUGGCGUGGACGGUGCUUAACGCGGCGCUAUCAUCACUAUCUUUCAUUCUGCUCAUUAUGGCGGCCGACGCGCUGCCGGUGGACAUGGUGGCCCCGGUGAGCCUGGCGACGUUGCUGCCCCACGGCCUGGGGACCAUCACCGCGGGGCUGGCGGGGGACCACUACCGGCACUGGCAGCCAUUACUCCUCAUCGCCACGUCCCCAGCCUUCCUCCUGCUUCCCCUAUCUUUGCUCGUUCUCGCGCAGCCGCUGCCGCCUGCUAAGCGCAGCAAGCAGCUGAGCGGCGCAGCAAAUCAAUUGAAUGCUCGUCUGGAAAUGUCGCCAACUUCCGCCAGCGAAAAGUCGGCGGGCUCAAGCACGACGCAGUGCUGGCAGUUGUUGUUGCUGCUGCUGCUGUGGCUGCUGCACGGCUGCGCUGCAGCCUUCCUACAGCCACACCUCGUACUGCGCUUGCCUGACUCUCCAUUCCUCCUGCUUGUCGCCCUCGGAGCCCUCGCCAUCUUGGCCUCCGUCACGGCACUCGCCUUCACCAGCUUCAAGAUGCGCUACCGUCACGCUGUUUUAUCUUCAUUAUCAGCCAUCUUAUCACUUGCUUGCUUAGUGAUGAACUUCAUAGCCGUUGAUCGUCAUGGCGAUGUGGUGUUGCUUUGCUUCCUAGCUACCGCGACAAUAUUUUCCAUGGCCUCCCUGCUGUCGCUGCAAGUUCACGCGGUGCUCACGCCGUGCGGCAGAUGGCGCUGCGUUUUGGUCUCGUCUUGCUACGUCGCUGCCACCUUAGGGCGCGUGAUCUUCUUGCUCGUUGAUGCCUACGCUAGAGUUGGUGCCUGGUUUCCAGCUGCAGCUGCGGCAGCAAUGCAAUCGGUCGCAUGUGCCCUCAGCUUCUUUUUGCCUGUCAACACUAGCAAAUUUUAAUCCCAGAACGCGAACUCCUAACUUAAAUAUUUUUUUCACUGUUGAGAAAACUUAGACUGUAAGCUGGAAAACUUGUAAAUAAUGCAACCACUGGGCUAAUUUAAGGGAAAAUGCUAUGAGGCAAGUGCACUAUUGGACCUCCUAACAGGGUUGUUAUCUAAGGUAUUUAGGAAAUUUGUGGCACAGCUCUGCAUGGUGAGGGAUAAGUAUUAAUUAUAUUCAUUUGUAAUCACUGGAUACGUCAGUGAAAAACUAAUUCAGAGAAAUUUCUAUUUGUGCUGAGUCACUCUGUGACUCAAGGAAUUGUAGAUCUGUAGGAAACGACAUUUACCGCAUAUUUCAGUUAGUGUUUGCAUGCACAUUGCACAAGUUUAUUAUGCAUGUAGAAUAAUAGCUAUUAAGGGGUUUGUUCCUCAAUUAAUGGUUUGCAUUUUUCUUUCGCUUUUUGUAGGCGAGGAAUAGUGUCUGCGUAAAAUACGAGAGUUUUACGUCAUCUCUGGUUAAACGCUAAUCUUGAUAGAAAUUUAAUAUAAUUGUAUUUUUAAUUGCAAUAAA